UUAGGCUGUCACUAAAGUUUAGAUCUAAAAUAUGGAUAAUUUCAAAAAUUCUUUUUCAUUAGAAAAGUUUGAAAAGCUUACUGAUAUCACAUUGAAAACUGAAGAUGGCUCUAUAUUUAAAUCCCACAAAAUUCUCUUAGCACAAGCAAGCAAAUAUUUUGAGAUACUCUUUUGCGGUAACUUUCAGCAGACUGAUCAGACUCUAGUACCAAUAUUUAAAGGUGACGUACUACAUCAGAUAUUGCGUUACAUCAUUCAAAAUGCAGAUGUAUUGACAGAAGAAAACGUGUCAGAUAUUCUAUUAGCAUCCGAUUAUCUUGCAAUAGAUGAUUUAAUCAUACGAUGCAAAAUAUUUCUGUUUAAUAAAGGUUGCACAGUAGAUAAUUGCAUAAAAGUCUACAACACUGCGUGGUGGUUGGAAAUGAAGGACAUCAAAGUUAAAUGUAAAAGAUUCAUUGAAAUCAAUACGGCAGAUGUUUUUGCCAACUCCAAAACCGACAUCAUAAACCUAUCAUUAGUCGCUUUCAAGGAGAUUCUGGAAUGCGACCAUCUUAACAUUCCUAAUGAAUCUUUAGUAUGGAAUAUUAUGAUAGCAUGGAUAAAAGGAAAUAUUUUCAACAGAAUUGCUUACUUUCCCGAAUUAUUAAGAUAUAUUAGACUUCAAGAGAUGGAUGAAACUGCUAAUAACAUCGAGCUACUUCCAAUAAUAGAAAACAGCCAUUUUUGUUUUGGCUUGAACCAAUCAAAGUUUGAACUCAGCUGUGCGAUUAAGCAAGCUAAAACUCUUCCCCUCUCCAUAACAGGCUUGAGAAGUCGCGUACCAUCCAAGAUCUACUUUAUUUGCAGACAAGCUGAAGAUGAAGACGCAGAACUUUGUAUUACAUAUGACGAAAGAUUCGAUUACUGCUACUAUUUGGAUAGACUUCCCAAGCAAUUUUGCAUAGAGUGCUGUGACAUUUGUGUUGCUGGACGAUUUGUUUACUUUUCUUUUUACAACUAUCCAACUGAAAUUAAAGCUUUCGAUCUUCUCCUCGAAAUAUGGGUACCAGUUAGUAAGGCUCAUGAAAGACUGACUUCAUACUCCGUUGUGUCAGUCGAUGAUAAUAUUUAUGCUCUGGGUGGUCGAACAUUCACUGAAGAGGAGGAAGCUGAAGAUGAAGAAGUUUACAUGAGUGAAUCAGAUGAUAAUGAUGAAAGUACUGAGGAUAUGGAUGUCGAUUUUGAUGAAAUGUCAGCUGAAAAAUCGGAAGACAUGAACGAAGAUUUGAAUGAGGCUGAAAGCAUUGUAGAAGCAACAUUUUCGGAAGAGGAAGAAACAGAAGAUGAAGAAAUUAGUUCAAGUGAAGCAGAUGAUGAUGAAAACUUAACUGACGAAGAGGAGAACAUGGAUGUUGAUUGGGAUGAAACGUCAUUUGACGAAAUAGAAGACACGGACGAGGACCUGUAUGAAGAGGAAAGAAUUGUAGGUGUAGUGCAGCGUUACAACAGUGAAACUGAUUCAUGGUACUUAGUGUCACCGAUGACCUCAGUAAACAUUAUGAAUGUGGUUGUGUUAAACAACAAAAUUUUUGUAAUCGGAUUAACUAAAGACUUCGAAAACCAAGUGUGUCAAGUUUAUGACACUUCCGAGGAUACGUGGACAGUCAUUCCAAACCCAGCAUUCUAUCGUUCAAACUAUUGCGCUUCUGCAGUAUUUUGUGGUAAAUUGUAUCUUAUUGGAGGACAAGACAAAAAUUACAACGUCAUUAAUAAGGUUGAAGUAUAUAACGCAAUUGAAAAUUUAUGGCGUACAAUAGCAGAUCUACCAUCCAUAUACUACAAUCCUAAAGCUACAGUCGUCAAUGAAAAACUAAUUGUGUUCGAUAUAGGAAAAAUCGAUUAUUGGACGGAAUAUCUGUUAGAAGAAAACGUAAAUUCUGUGUUCUUGGACAGUGAACAAAAUGCAUGGCGCGAGGCAACUUUUAUUAACAGAGAUUUGUUGAUGGAAAUGAGAUUCUGCCAAUUUAUUACUAUAGAUAACGCCAAUUUGUUGAAUGAAUUAACCCGAAAACACAAGCGUAUGAGAUCUGUUUGGGCUAAAAGUAAUUUGUCAGAUUUGGCUUAGACAAGCUAACAGAUAAAAAUAAUUUUCAUUUUUAAAAAAAAAACUGAAUUUCUCUAAUUAAAAUGGAAUGCUAUAGUCAAAACUUGCCGUAUUUCUGCAUUUGUUUUAGUGAGAUAGUUUUAGUAAUCACUUGUAUCGGAGGCUGUAAAAAUUCAUUACCAUAGUACCUAUGUUAAUAUAACCACAUAUUAUACACCUACCACAUAUUACAUAUUUACCACGCUAGCAGUCGU